GGAAUUAACAAAUCACUCACCUUACACAGACCAAUAUUCAUUCGUUUAGAUUCAUCAAAAGCUUAUAACAACAAUUAAACAUGAGUGCAGCCAGCAGAGCUUGGAUUGUGGCAUCAAGCAUUGGAGCAGUGGAGGCAUUGAAGGAUCAAUUGGGGGUGUGCAGGUGGAACCAUGCAUUGAGGUCACUGCAGCAGCAUGCCAAGAGCAACAUUAGAUCCUACACUCAGGCCAAAACCUUGUCUUCUGCUACUUCUGCUGCUGUCUCCAAUAAGGUCAAGAGGACCAAGGAGGAGUCCAUGAGGAAAGUCAUGGACUUGAGCUGUUGGGGUCCCAAUACUUCAAGGUUUUAGUGUGUGGACUAUUCUAAUUGCAUUCAUCAUUGUGCUGCAAGGUUUAUGAAGAUUCAAUACUACCUUUGUAGCCUUUUUGUCAUGGCAUGCAUCCCUUUGGCCUUUACCUUAUGUAUCUAUUUGAUUCAUAAUACAAAGUUUUGUCUAUGAAAAUGGUAAAUAUUUGAUCCAAUGAAAAGAAAACUGAGGUCUGUUUUUCAAUUA